AUGGGGAAUAUAUUUGCUAACUCCUUCAAGGGUCUCUUUGGCAAAAAAGAAAUGAGGAUUCUAAUGGUUGGUCUGGAUGCUGCAGGAAAGACAACUAUUUUGUACAAACUGAAGCUGGGUGAAAUAGUAACUACUAUUCCCACUAUAGGUUUCAACGUAGAAACUGUAGAAUACAAAAACAUUAGCUUCACGGUGUGGGAUGUAGGUGGCCAGGACAAAAUCCGACCCUUAUGGCGCCAUUACUUCGAGAAUACACAAGGACUGAUUUUUGUGGUUGACAGCAAUGACAGAGAGCGAGUGAAUGAGGCCCGAGAAGAACUGAUGAGAAUGUUGGCAGAGGAUGAGCUUAGAGAUGCCGUCUUAUUAGUGUUUGCUAACAAACGGGAUCUUCCCAAUGCCAUGAACGCGGCUGAAAUCACAGAUAAACUCGGACUGCAUUCUCUCCGUCACAGAAACUGGUACAUCCAAGCCACCUGUGCCACUAGUGGGGAUGGGCUCUAUGAAGGACUGGACUGGUUGUCCAAUCAGCUCCGGAACCAGAAAUGA